UACGAGCCAGUCCAUGAAGAGUGGUGGAAGUUUGAUAGUGAUUGGAGUAUCGGUCCAAUCUUUGAACCUGAAAAAAUAUCUCACUCAAGGAGUGUGAGAUAAAUAAAAAGUGGAGGUUGAAUAGUGAAGUAGAGGGCUGUAGGACUGUAAGAAAGUUGUAAAAAUGUCCAUGUCGACGAUGGGUCGGGAGAAGGACGAGAGACUGUGGUCUUAUAUUGCCAUUCGGACAUUGGUUAAUACCAUUUCACAUCCAAUUGAAUAUGCCAAAGUGUUGAUGCAGAUAGGACAUGAGCCCAGCGCUCCCAGAGAAGCCAGGACUCUCCUGGGGAAACCGGCACUGGUUCUGCCGAAUAUUUUUCAGUAUGUAAGAUAUAUCAAGAAUGUGGAUGGAUUCAGUGGAUGCUAUCGAGGAUUUGUUCCAAAAUUGUGUGCCUAUACCGUCAGUGCUGUUGCUAUUGAAAAAGUCUCGGAAUCCAAUUAUUUUCUCAAGUAUUUCCCAGAGGAUGAGACGAGGAAAGAAGAGGAUAUCGAUGAUUUACCUGAUGAUGAGAGGAAGGAGGCCUAUAUUAAAGAAUUGGCCAAAGACAUUGUUUGUAGGAUCGUAGGAAUAGUCGCAAGUCACCCAUUGGAUGUCAUCACUCUGAGGACAAUGGCACAAUUCGUCGGGGGUGAAACAAAAUACAAUGGGAUUUUCGGAUCGAUCAGAGAAAUCUACCAUGAGAAUGGCCUACUGGGUUAUUAUGCAGGAUUAGUGCCGAGAUUAAUAGCCAAUGUUGCUACUCUGGUGCUCGUCAGCUCGUCGACGUACUUUAUCAACAAAUAUUUAAUCCGGGACAAGGACCUCAGGGGAUGCACCUCUGCAACUAUGACAUUCCUUGCAACGACUGUCACCUAUCCAUUUUUGGUGGUCUACCACUGUAUGGCUGUCAAUGAUUGCGGAUUGGCAGCUGGAGUUCCCCCACGAAUGCCAAUCUACGCCAACUGGGUGGACUGCUGGAGACACUUAUCCUCGAUAAACGAUCUGAAACGCGGCAGCAGCUUCAUCUGGCGCUACUACAGAGGCCCCCAAGAGAUCAUCAAUGGGCAUCUGGUAGCCCUCAACAAAUCCCACUACUACAAACAAGUUUCGUAAACGAAAAGCACUCCCCACCGUCCAAAAAACGACAGGAGAAAAAACCUCAGCGAAGAAUGCAGUAUUUGUGAUUGAAUAAACUCAGAAAAAGUUACAAAAGCGACGGAAAAAAAUUUAACAAAUCCUCAAUGAAAAUGAAACCUCUUUUUCUCUCACUCGUGCAUGCAAUUGAAAUUCAUAAGAUGAACUUCAUGAGCGUGUAAUGCAUUUCGUGUUCAUAAUUAUCAGUGUACAAAGUCGAAUGUUAACUCGAGUCUAUUCUUUAUUAUAGAUAGAAAUAAAUGUAGGAUACAGUGAA